CUGCACAAAUAGCAGGGAUUUUCAAAACGGGGAUAUGUCAAUUAAAGACUGAAUUGGCUGGUGUCACGGUUGUCUAUCAUGUCUACUGUCAACUUAAUAUUUGCUGUGCAUUGAUUGUUUAUUUUUCCUAUUGUUGAGUUUUCUCAAAAUAAAAAACUAACAGAUUAGAGACAUGGAGAAAGCGUCGAAGAAAAAAACUCGCAAUACGAAACGAUCGAGUGAAGAGAAAAUGACGAAAAGUAAUGAAACUGAAGUGGAAACUGAAGGUCCAAAUUUUGGAGAGCACAUAACCUAUGACGUUUUAAGAAUGAUAUUCGAAUAUUCUACUAUUAGAGAUUUGUCAAGGGCCGCUUUGGUUUGCAGAUCUUGGAAUGAGGCAGCUAAAAAAGAAAAACAAACCAGGAUAUGGCCACGGCAUUUUCUAUGUAAUUUUGAACCUGGUGAAGCUAAUCAUCAUUCUUCAAGAAGUAUCCAUGAUGAUCUGUUCAUUGAUCCCUGUAUUGGUCUAGUUUUUUUUGGUAGACAUCUGAAGUCACCAAUCCACAACUUAGAGUUCUGGGUUAGUGAUUGUUUGUAUGACCAUUUGUCUCGCAGGAUCAAUAGCAUAACUAUAUGGAAUUAUGGUCUGAUGUACGACGGUAUUGAAAAGUCAGGAAAUGUUGUAUGUGGUCUAUUUCUACCUGAAAUUCCUGGUGUAAAAAUUAGACUUUUCUCAAUGGAUAUGACAGAUAUAAAAAACUUUAGGACUGACACAACACAGAAAAUUCGGGAUAAAUCAGCUAGGGAGCUUUGCGGAAUUUCUCCUGAUGAAGACAAUAUAAAAUGUAUAAUGUUUUUUUUAAACCAGAACGAGGAUGAUAUUGUGGCUAACAUGCUUAAUAUCAAGCAUAUUCUAAAGUCUUUUCACAGAACAAAAGCUGAGGCACCGAAUUCCCCGGCCAAAAUUGCACUUUGGGGUGGUAUGAGCUUAAACAUGAGAGCCUACGUAGGUGCAACUGGUGAUAAGAAUUGUACCGAAACAGCUGCUGUUGCUGGUAUUAGCAUUUGUGGUUCAGGUGUAUCAACCUGGUCAAUAGUGUUGAAUUAUCGUAUAAGAACUAAAGCUCAGGUAGAAAAAGAAUUAACGACGUUCAGAGAUGCAGUGAAGCUGCAGAAGCAUUCAGUUGGAUUCAUGUUUGCCUGCUGCGGAAGAGAUGAGAAAUGGUUCAAAGAACGACAUGUUGAGUCAACAAUUUUCAGAAAACUUUUCCCAAAUAUUCCACUGGUUGGAUCCUUUGGGGGUGGUGAAAUUGGCACAUCAACUAUUCCUCAUGAAUGUUCCAAAGGUAUUCUUCACGAAUAUGCUACUGCAUUUUUAAUUAUAACGUACGGGUCUGUGAGGAACACAAAAUGAAUAUACAUAUGUCGGGUGUUGGAUCGACAUAUCGGUUAGAUCCGCGUCUCGACAUAAAUAUAUAUAAAUAUAUAUAUAUAGAUAUGUAUGAAUCCCAUGCAUUUUAUACUUUAUUAAUAAAUAAAUAUGACAGGACUUUAUUAUCUUA